AUGCAAUUCUUCCAGGGCUACCACAUCCCCAACGGCGCCAUGGCCGUCCACCUCGUCCUCGGCACCAACUCGCGGCCAAACGGGGAGGCGUUCGUUGAGUUUGGGUCCGAGGAGGCGGCCGACGCGGCGCUGGCCAAGGACCGCGCGUCCAUCGGCACUCGCUACGUCGAGGUGUUUCGCUCGAACCUGGAGCAGAUGCACCAGGCGCUCUCGCGCGCAAACAAGUCCAACAACCUGGCGCCGGUGCAGAUGCAGAUGGGGAUGGGCGCGGGCAGCGGGAUGCCCUACGCGCCCUACCCGCCCUUCUCCCCCAUGGGGCCGCCCAUGUACGGCGGCGCGAUGGGCGCGCCGGGCGGCAUGGGCGUCGUCGAUUCGGUGGUCAAGAUGCGCGGGCUGCCAUACAAAGUGACGCGCAACGACAUCCUCGAGUUCUUCGCGGGCCUGUCGGUGCCGCUCAACGGGGUGCACCUGAUGUUCAACGAGCGCGAGCAGCCGACCGGCGAGGCGUACGUCGAGUUCUCCUCGCCGGAGGACCGCGAGCGCGCCAUGUCAAAGGACCGGCAGCACAUGGGCGGCCGCUACGUCGAGCUUUUCCGCGUGAGCCGCGCGGAGAUGAUCCAGGCGCUCGAGCAGUUUGUGGGGGGGUACAUGUCCAACAGCUUGCAGAUGCAUGGCGCGCCGCCCCCCUACGGCAUGUACGGCGGCCCGUACAGCGGAUCGUACAGCCAGCCGGCUGGCUUCGCGGGCAUGCAGCCGCCGAUGGGCGGGCCGGGCUACGCGAUGGGCGGCAUGCCCGGCGGCAUGCCCGGCCACCCGGGCGGCGGGAAGGCGGGCACGCUGCGGAUGCGCGGGCUGCCCUUCCGCGCCACGGUGGACGACGUCUAUCGCUUCUUCAACGGCUUCCACGUCCUGCCGGGCGGCAUCGUGCUCGGCCAGCGGGACGGGAGACCGAGCGGCGAGGCGUGGGUCACAUUCUCAUCGCCGGCGGAGGCGCAGCGCGCGCUGGGGAUGAACCACAAGAACAUGGGGAGCAGGUACGUCGAGCUCUUCGCCGCGAGCUAG